CAUAUUAUAGCCCCAGCCCUAUUGACACCCCACUUAAAAACCCUAACCCUAAUUUCAUUUUCUCAGUUUGGACUUUGAAGCAACGUGACCAGUUGCAGAAAUAAAGAAAAAGUAUUUAUCAGCAGAUCAUUAGUGAAUUGAAGUCAAACGAUGUCGCUUGGAGAGAUUGCUUGCAGUUAUGCUUGUAUGAUCCUCCAUGAUGAUGGUAUCGCCAUCACUGCGGAUAAGAUUGCUCAAUUGGUGAAAGCAUCCAAUUUAACUGUUGAAUCCUAUUGGCCUAGCUUGUUUGCGAAGCUGGUAGAGAAACGAAACAUCGAUGACCUUAUUAUGAAUGUGGGUGCUGGUGGUGGUGGUGCUGCCACUGCUGCUACUGCACCAGCUGGUGUUUCUGCCCCUGCCGGAGCCACCACUGCCGCUCCACAGGAGGAGAAGAAGGAAGAACCCAAGGAAGAGAGCGACGAUGAUAUGGGAUUUAGCUUGUUUGAUUAGAAAAAUCCGAAAAGUGGUUUACUUUCUAUUAGUAAUUUUUGAGUAGUAAUUUUGGACUUAGAAUAUAUGUGCAAUUUUUCUGUAUGUAUAUUCAAAUUGGUGACUAGUUGAUUUAAGAUACACAAAUUUUGUUCUUUGUUAUCAAUUCUCUAUGGAUUAUGGUCUUAGUUUUUUGUUUCA